AUGGUACGUGAGCAAUGUCAAUUAAGUGAAGAAGUAUCUAGUACUUCAUUAAUUCCGUUUCAAAAAACACGCAAAUUGAAAAUAAGUAAACAAAUUCGACCAAAGAUGCCUCCUACGACGACAGUAAAACCUCGAGCUAUAGUUUUGUCUGGACCAAGCGGAUCUGGUAAAAGUACAUUAAUUGCUGAAUUAUUUAAAGAAUAUCCAACAGCAUUUGCUUUUAGUGUAUCUCAUACAACAAGAGCACCUCGGCCAGGUGAACAAAAUGGUCGAGAAUAUCAUUUUGUUGCUCGAGUUGAUAUGGAAAAAAUGAUUGCUCA